GAUCCUCCCACUACUUCUCACACUUCUGCUCGUGUACGAGUGAACUUAGUUGUUUUCCAAGACGCGGCUCUGAUAAGUUUAACAUGUUUAGCUCUGGGCGAAAAUAAUUUAAGGAAACCUGCGAACACUUUAAGCAGAAACAGGUUGGGCUGUGGUAGAUACUGCACAUACUCAAGAUCUAAUUGCUAAUGGAAACACUUAUGAGCCAUUUCUUGUCCAGAAUCUCCUGAGAUCAAUCAUGUCAGUCUGGCUUUUGUGUGCUCUGCUUUUUUCACUGAUUGGCCUAACAAAACAGGAUGGGCACCCAGUUCCUAUAAAAGAGGUGAAAGUGUAUGCAGAGGAAACGGACACAUUUAAUAAUGGUGCAUGGGUGUUGAAUGUUGCAUGGAGAGAUGAGUUUGCUGAAAAUGAUGAAUUCAAGAAAAUCAGCUACGACAUAGAGGUCCUUCGUACUGAAGAGAUGAAGACAGUUCACAAUGAAACUAUACAUGUGAUGCCAAACAAAACAACCUUUUAUCAUUGGAAAUGGACCUCACCUAUACCGUUGCAGUGCACUUCCCAUUCGGUCAGACUUAGGCAUCGAGAUCAGCAUUACAUUGGUGAAUGGACACCAUUAUAUACGUACAACGGACAAGAUCUAAAUGCUACAACAACAACUGUCUUUCCUUAUGAUCAAGUUUUCAUGGUUGGGAGUAACAUCACGUUCUGUUGCAUCAUGGAGACAGAUUCCAAUGUUCCAUUGGUUCCAUUUCUAAGUCCAAUCAGCAACAGGACAUACAUCACAGAAGAACCAGUUCACUUUGAUAGGCCUUCUGAAUCCACUUCAGACAUACGAUGUGGAGUUAAAGGAAACUCUUCAGUAUUCCAUACUGGCGCUUCAGUAUUUAUUGGCUAUCCCCCAGAUGACCAGAAUCUUACAUGUAUAACACGGGAUCUCAGCUCUGUGGAAUGUCACUGGAAAAGAGGCAGAAACACCCAUCUGUAUGUUAAAAGAGAGACAAACUACAAACUUAAUGGAAGAGAUUGUAAAUUUGGUCAAUGUGUCCUACAUGCGAUGAAACCGCAGGUGACAAACUGGACCCUGAUUGCCAAAAAUCCCCUUGGUGUGAAGACUCUCACAGAUACAGCUGACCCCACACACCGAGUAUGGAUGAGAGCACCCAUUAAAAUAUCUCAUGCUGCUUAUGCAAGAGAAGUCACUCUUCGGUGGAGUUGGAAUGAGAAAAAUUAUACUUGGUUUCCAAUGAUUUGUCAAGUGAAGCUCAAUGGAAGCAUUUACAAUAAAACCUUCAGUGGAACGGGACUUUCGUCACUUGUCCUUGUAAAUCUGCAGCCUUUUGCUAAAUACACAGCUCGAGUAAGAUGUGGGUCUUAUGAGCACUUCUACGAAUGGGGCAACUGGAGUAAAAUUACUGAGUUGUCCACUAAAGAGGACGUUCCAGAAGCAGUGGAUGUUUGGAUUCAAUAUUUUGAACAAAAUACAUAUGUCCUGUGGAAGCCUCUAACUCAACAACAAAGCCAUGGGAUAAUUACAGGAUAUGAAAUUACCAUUGGAAACCCCAAAGGAAGGAGCAGAAAAAUUGACAUAGGACUAAAUACGCAGCUGUGCUACAAAAUCACCUUUGGGAAUGAAACAAGUGAUCAAAUCAUCACAGUCUCAGCGAAAAACUCUGCUGGUCUUUCUCCUCCUUCUACCAUCAUCGUCCCGAGUAAUCCUGGUGAUAUAUUCAAAUGCUGUUUAAACAGGUUGAAAAGGUUGUGAUUUAAUUAAUGAUGUUUUAUAAUACUUUUCACAGACAAUGAAGUCAGUAUAAGCCAUAUCAAUAGCAGUAAUGGUGGCUUUGAAAUGUCUUGGGAAGAAUACCCCUAUUCUACUUGUGGCUAUGUUGUUGAAUGGUUUCCAACCUACAAUAAGAAGCAAUGUGAUGUAGAAUGGGAGAAGAUCUCAGAAUGUGACAGUGACGCCUGUGACACCUGGAAUCGGUCUGGUAUUUUUGAGGCAGUGAGAUACACUGUCUCGGUCUAUGCCUGCACUAAUGAUGCACCAAAGCUUCUCAAGAGGAGUCAGUGUUAUGCUAUUGAGCAACAACCAGGGAAAGUUCAGAAUCUGACAGUUAAAAGCAAUGGAAGAAAUCUUGAGCUUUCCUGGGACGAAGUGCCCUUAGACCUGCAAAAAGGCUUCAUACAAGGCUACAAUGUCACAACAUUGCUUUCUGAUUCUGAAACCGUUAUUAACACAAUAGUGACAAAGGAGCAUAAAGUUAAUUUGAAAUUAGAUCCAGGCUCCUAUACCUUCCGCGUUAGUGCCUUUACAUCUGGAGGUGAGGGUGAAGGUGACUACACUACAUUCAGAAUGGACGUGGAAAAAAACUUUGACCAGAUGAUUGCGGCCACUAUUGUGGGUUGCAGUGCAGCAGCACUUGUCUUCAUUAUCAUCACAGUCCUUUGCUACAGGAAAUGGAAAUGGUUAAAGAAACUAUUGUAUCCAGAUAUUCCUGAACCAAAACUUGCAGGGAAAUGGAUUACAAAGGGCAUUUAUUGUACCCAGAUGACCGAGGGGUAUAUGAAGUGUGAGAUUCAAGAGGUCCACAGUUUAGAGCAUCCUGCGACGUCAGAAAGUCUACAUGGCCUUGACCUCAUCAGCUCUAACUCCAAAGUGAUUCCUGGACAUUUCUACCUGAACAUUUCUGAAUCUCCAGUUGAUGUCUCAUAUUAUCCUGUUGAGAAGCUUACCUCAAUUCUUGAAAACCCUUCUUAUAAUUUGACCAUGCCAGAACCAGUUGAUGUUGCUCAGAUGUCUGAUCUUACACUGGAAAUGCAGGAUGCUUACCUCCCAGCCCCUAACUUUGUUCAGAAUAAUCUUGUUGUUAAAGACUCGGAGAGCUACAAGCCCCAAUCAGCAUGUCGUACAAAUGUAUAGGUCCCCUAGAUGGACCAGUGUCGUGCUAUGUAACACACACCAUGUAUAUGCCAAUUACACCAAAUUGUAAACGCCAGUGAAUUCAUCUUAUAUAUAUAAAUGUAUUCUUUUUUUCAACACUCCCAACUCUUGUAAAAUGAGUAGUAAAAAUGCUUUUUUUUAAAUACUGUGAUG